AUGGAGCAAAGUAAUGUAUUUGUGGAUAUACUGGUGGAGAGACGAAAGGAUUGCGAUAUUUCAUGGGCUACACGACCUAUGAACCCAUUGCUACCCCAUAAAUUACCACCAGAGUCAAGAUACACGAGGGAAAAGAUAAUAGAGUAUAUCUUGUCUAAUGAACGAGUUAGACACACAAUUAAAAAGUUAGCAGCUGCGAAUGGUGUCAGUAUUAAGAAUAUUGAGAAGAAUGCACGUUGUAUUUUGAAUGAGAUGGCUAGUAAAGAGGACUUGGCAACAGUUCGUUGGUUAGGUAUUUUCAUAACAAAAGCUAUGAAGAGAAUAUUCUCCAAAAUCUAUGUGAACGAAUGCAGGCUUUUCAGUCUGAAGCAACAAAUGCAAAUGUCACAAGUACAGUACAUCUAUGUGCCAAGUCACAGAAGUUACUUGGACUUCAUACUGUUGUCGUAUGUUCUUUUUUCCUACGACAUGGCAUUACCGAAUAUCGCCAGUGGCAUUGAUUUUUAUCAGAUGAAAAUAGUAGGAGAAUUAUUGCGGAAGACCGGGGCAUUUUACAUGCGACGUAGCUUUUCGAACGAUCCACUGUAUAAGGAGAUCUUCCGCACAUACGUCAACACUAUCGUCAGUCACAGCAGCAGGGCGAUAGAAUUCUUCAUCGAAGGCACCCGCAGUCGCAGUCAGAAGAGCAUAACGCCGAAAUACGGUCUGCUGUCCAUGAUCCUGGAGAGUUUGCUUCAAAGUGACGUGCCUGACAUACAAUUCAUACCAAUAAGCAUGAGUUACGAGCGACCGCCGGAGGAGUUGUUGUUCGUUUACGAACUGUUGGGUAUCCCGAAACCAAAAGAAACCACGACUGGUCUUUUUCGUUCUCUAUCCAUACUGCAGAGACCUUUCUCGCACGGCCGUAUCUUCUUCAACAUUUGCGAGCCGAUCUCCGCCCGCCACUACGUGGACUUAUCGCUUCGCAGGGCGCGCAUGUUAUCACCCCACGUCAAGCUACCGUCGUCGGUCUCGGAGACCAUGGCUUAUCUCAUUAUAGACGCGCACAAAAAGAACAUCGUGUUCAUGCCAAUCAAUAUCAUCGCGUUGCUACUCAACGAGAGGAUUCAAAUGCGUCCGAGCGAGCCAUACACGCUCGAUUCGUUAGCCAAGGACUACCAGUGGUUCAAGAACUUCAUCGUCGGGACGUUGGGCAUGUCGAUGCAUCCCGCGACUCAAACCAAUGAUGACAACGUCGAGCAAGAAAUAUUGGAGUCAUUGGAACCGCACGACGAAUUUAUCGUGUUCGAUUCGUCGAAUAUGUUGAGACUUAAGCAGAGACACAAAACAAGCAAACAAUCGAUGAAUACGUCCAAGGUCAAAGGACAUGUCCUGUCAGAUACGAUCAUGUCAGUGGCCGUGCCUGCCAUUAAUAUCAUGAUUUACGUCAAUCCGAUUUUGGCUUCCCUGGUGAAGGCAGCUCUAAUUACCACGACAAUAGGAGAACACGGCACGUCGACCGGAGAAGCUCUGAAACGAUACGAACUGCUUAGAAUGCUGCUGGGUGCCGAGUUUGUCUUUCGACCGAUCACGGAUAGAGGUCUCGUUGAAACGGAGUGGAAAGAAUCGUUGGAUGUAUUGCUGACGGAGAACUGCCUACAUGCGCGGGGCGACUUGAUUCUCCCAGGAGAAAACAGAAAACUCUUCUUUAUCCUGCAUAACGUCGCGCUGCCUUUCAUAGACGUCGUGUGCGCGAUGUGCGCCUUGCUUGAGCGAGGUGAGAUAGUGUCAAGUGAACUCACGGAUCGAACGGUUAUCGUCGAGAUGCAGAAGGAAGUGGAGAAGUUGAUGCUGACAGGCGACAGCUGCUGUCAACAUCCGUAUUGCCUGUCUCUCGACCUGUACAGCACAACGUUGUCUGCUCUGCUGUCGCAGGGCGUUAUCGAGAAGUGCCCUGAACACGGUACAUAUCGCGCGAGUGAAAGUGACCUGGCGAGUCUCAUCGGUGCAUUGCGCGAUUUACCAUUGCGACGUCCCGUGAUUCGUUAUGUCAAUGCGCUCCCUUCGAUCAUUUUACCGUCGGUGGAUGUACAAGCUAAAUUAUAGACGAUUGCGUAUAAAUGUAUCUGUGCGUGCUCGAGUAAUUGGAUGUGAUGGAUGUGAUGAUAAGAAUGUUAAUCGAUGCUACCUGAUAAUUCCAAUUAAUUAGUUUCUAAUUUGUAAUUUAAGACAAUUAAUUAAUCAAUUCGACUAAUUUAAAGUAACUAAGUUAGGUCCUAAUGUAUAAGUGGAGGUCUAUUUAAUUUAAGUAAUUUAAACAGAUUAAUUAAUUAACUAAUCAAUGAAGUAGAUCUGUAGACUUGAGAUAUGAAAAUGUGUCGACAUGCCGUUGACAAACGAGGCCAAGACUAAUCGUGACAUGUUUAUAGGAAGCAUGAGUAAAUAUGCUACCACUUAUUUAUGAGAGACCGAGAUUACUCACGAAGACAUCUGUAGUAUGCCAAAAUAAAGAGUAAGGAGAAUACACAACACUGUAACAAUUAGUACUGGUUCAGUUGUACACUUUCGUCACGAGAUAUCAGUAUUGUAUCGCUAAAGCGAUUCAAAAGUUGGAAACAAAACUGUUCAAGUCGCCGAGUAUUCUAGCGGUGUCGUCGUCGAAGUCCGUCGUGGAUCUCUUCCUUCUACCGAGGAAUAGCGUAGCCGCGGUCGUUGUGGUCAUCGGAUUGGUUAUAUUUCGGAAGAGAAGCUGCGAAGGAUUGGUUUUUUUUUUUU